UCUGCAUAAGAAUCAUCGAAACUCUUCGACUCGAAAUCCACGCGCUCACACUCGCAACAAUCAAAUCUCUCUCUCUCUCUCCGUUCUAACGAAAGCCCAACCACGAUAUCAUCGAUGGCCUCUCUCCGCUCCUUCAUCUCCUUCUGAAUUCAUCCGCCUGUAUCGAUCUUCUUCUCGGAUCUAUCUUUCUCUUCGUUUCAGAGGUUUUUUUUCUCACGUGAUUCUGGAGUGUUUCCCUCCGACCGAUUGAAGCAUUGAAGCUCAUCUAUUCAAUAAAUGGCUUCGAUAUCACAUUCAUCAGUGGCUUUGGGAGGAAGCUCUGCUUCAGAUUUUCUGCGAAGCUCUAGCAAUGGAGUUAGUGGGAUACCAUUGAAAACACUAGGUAGGGCAAGGUUUUUUCCGAGGAGGAGGGAUUUAGCCAUAACGGCUCGGCUCCGUAAAAUCAAGAAAUUCGAGUACCCGUGGCCGGAAAAUCCUGACCCGAAUGUGGAAGGUGGAAUCUUGACAUACCUUUCGACUUUCAAGCCAUUGAAAGAUAGGCCAAAGAUGGUCACCUUGGGAUUUGAGAAACCGCUCGUUGAGUUGGAGAAGAAGAUUGUUGAUGUGAGGAAGAUGGCAGAUGAAACUGGUUUGGACUUCACUGAUCAGAUUAUCUCAUUGGAGAACAAGUACAGACAGGCAAUCAAAGACCUUUACACACAUUUGACUCCAAUACAACGAGUGCACAUUGCCCGCCACCCCAACCGCCCCACUUUCCUCGAUCAUAUAUUCAACAUCACGGAUAAGUUUGUUGAGCUUCAUGGAGACCGGGCAGGGUAUGAUGACCCGGCUAUAGUGACGGGUAUCGGCACAAUAGACGGGAAAAGAUACAUGUUUAUAGGCCACCAGAAGGGUAGAAAUACCAAAGAAAACAUCGAACGUAACUUUGGGAUGCCUACUCCUCACGGCUAUAGGAAGGCGUUACGGAUGAUGUACUAUGCAGACCACCAUGGUUUCCCCAUUGUUACGUUCAUCGACACUCCUGGAGCAUAUGCAGAUCUCAAAUCCGAGGAACUUGGCCAGGGUGAAGCUAUUGCCAACAAUCUGAGGACAAUGUUUGGUCUGAAAGUACCGAUACUUUCCAUUGUUAUCGGGGAAGGUGGUUCUGGUGGUGCCCUAGCCAUCGGCUGUGCUAACAAAAUGCUGAUGCUUGAGAAUGCGGUAUUUUACGUCGCCAGUCCAGAGGCAUGCGCCGCAAUCUUGUGGAAAGACUCCAAGUCUGCUCCCGAGGCAGCGGAAAAGCUUAGAAUUACUUCCAGGGAACUGGUCAAGCUCCAAGUAGCCGAUGGAAUCAUACCUGAACCACUUGGAGGUGCCCAUGCUGAUCCGUCUUGGACCUCACAACAGAUAAAGAUUGCUAUUAACGAGAACAUGGACGAAUUCUCAAAGAUGAGCGGAGAGGAGCUGCUGAAGCGUCGGAUGCUGAAGUACCGGAAGAUCGGAGUGUUCGUGGAGGGUACUCCCGUUGAACCCAAGAGGAAAUUCAACAUGAAGAAGAAAGAUGUGGUGUCCACUAACCGGGAGCUGGCAGACGAGGUCGAGAAGCUAAAGGAGCAGAUUCUGAAAGCAAAGGAGGCAUCACCAUCAUCAUCGGAGGAAGAGCCUUCGCCUGAAGUCCUUGAAGAAAUGAUUGAGAAACUCAAAUCCGAGGUUGACGAUGAGUACGCUGAGGCUGUAAAAGCGAUGGGUUUGGAGGAAAGACUGACAACUCUUCGCCAAGAGUUCUCGAAAGCAAAUUCCGAGGAGCAUCUGAUGCACCCGGUGAUGAUCGACAAGAUUGCUAAGCUCAAAGAAGAGUUCAACAAUGGUUUGGCCGCUGCCCCCAACUAUGAGAGCCUGAGAUCUAAGCACACCAUGCUAAGGGACUUGUCCAGAGCCAAAUCUCUCUCGGAAGCAGCUUCAUUGAAGAAGGAGAUCUACAAGAAAUUCCAGGAAGUUGUGGACCGACCCGAGAACCUAGAAAAAGUCGAAGGGAUCAAAGCUGAGAUUGCUAGCUUAGGCGUUUCAAGCUUCGACGAAUUGUCCGAUGAACUGAAGGAAAAGGUCACGAAGACGAGAGCAGAUAUCGAGUGUGAGAUGAUGGGUGUGUUGAAAUCAAUGGGUUUGGAGUUCGCGGCCGUGAAUUCAGACCUGACUGAGCAGGCAUUGGACCCAAGCGAAAACCUUCAAGACAAGGUUGAAAAGCUGAACCAAGAGAUCACCGAGAAGAUCGACGAAGUGGUGAGGACGCCAGACAUCAAGAACAUGGUCGAGUUGCUGAAAUUAGAGGUCGCAAAGGCAGGAAGAACGCCCGGAGACGUUAACGCGAGGCAGAAGAUCGAGGCAUUGGAGCAGCAGAUCAAGCAGAGGAUCUCGGAGGCUCUGAGAUCAUCCGGGCUGACGGAGAAGCAAGAGGAGAUCGAGAGAGAGAUCUCUGCAGCUCGUGAACGUGCAGAAUCAAACGGAAGCUUCAGAGGAAACGAUCAUGGAGAUGGGUCGGUAUCAGAUUCAGAUUCUGGCAAGACAGAGAUCAACUUGGGCGCAAAUAGCAGCUUUGUCUGAGCAACGAACACCGUCUCUCGAUGGUCGGCGAUACAGGAGAAAAAAAAAAGCUUCAUUGAGCUGUUCUUGAUUUAGUGGUGGUAAGUUUUUUUUUUUUUUUGGGCAGAAAAAAAUGCAGAAACCCUAGACAGCGGGCACCAACCAAAGCCAUUUCCUUUCAGCUUUAUCUGCAUUGGAUCAAAAGCUUUUUGAGGGCUUGUCUUCUUCUAGAUCCAUUUGUGUAUCUUAUUUCGGUCUCGUUUUCUGUUUGUUUUUUUGCUUUUAAAUCCGUUCUCUGGAACCUCCGUAUUACAUUAUGCGACGUAUUUUGCUGUCGUUUUGAUGUC